AGCAAAAGUUUCAAAAAGUUUCGAUGGAGGCUAAAAGUGGAACACCGGCAAAUCCGUCGCAAUUUAAGAUGACAGAUCCCAGAUUUCGUAUACGUCCAAUGCAGCAGGUUGUAUCCGCAUGCACAGGUGCCAUGAUUACCGCCUGCUUCAUGACACCUUUGGACGUCAUCAAGACCCGCUUGCAGGCCCAGCAGUCGGCGCUGCUAUCCAAUAAGUGCUUUCUCUAUUGCAAUGGUCUCAUGGAUCACAUAUGUCCUUGUGGCCCCAAUACGCCUACGCCGACUGCAGCGACUGCAUUUAAUAAAGUAUCACCUGCCUCCGCCUCCUCAUCCUCCCACUUUACAGGCACCAUAGAUGCAUUCAUCAAAAUCAGUCGCGCCGAAGGCAUUGGCUCGCUCUGGUCAGGCCUUAGUCCAACUCUUAUCUCUGCGCUACCUUCGACCAUUAUCUAUUUUGUUGCAUAUGAACAACUUAAAGCACGCUUUAUCGAUAUGCACUACAAGUACCUGUCCCCUGUACAAACAACAACCUAUACCCGGAACAUUCCAAUGCUGGUUCCAAUGAUGGCGGGCGUUACGGCUCGCAUAUUAGCGGUGACCGUUGUCAGCCCCAUCGAGAUGAUACGCACUAAGAUGCAGUCCCAGAAAAUGACAAACGCUGAGAUGUUGGGCUCCAUACGUCAGGUCCUGCAGUCGCAAGGUGUGCUCGGACUGUGGCGAGGACUGCCGCCCACUAUCUUGAGGGAUGUUCCUUUCUCUGGCAUCUAUUGGACAUGUUACGAGUAUCUUAAGAGUAGUUUUAAUGUCGUCGAACCAACGUUUGGCUUUAGUUUUUUAGCGGGUGCUAUUUCGGGAUCGGUAGCUGCAACGGUCACAACACCUUUUGAUGUCAUAAAGACGCACGAACAAAUCGAAUUUGGUGAGAAAUUCAUAUUUACAGAUAAUCCACCCAAGAAUGUGCCAAUAACGAGCAACAAAUCAGUAAUGAACCGUUUGGCGAGCAUUUAUCGUUUAAAUGGAUUGCGUGGGGUCUUUGCGGGACUUGGCCCACGUCUAUUCAAAGUCGCGCCAGCCUGUGCGAUCAUGAUAUCGACAUUUGAAUAUAGCAAGGCGUUCUUCUAUCACUAUAAUGUGAAUCAACACAAUCAGUCUAUGAGUCUGCCGGUGACAACUCGUGACAACAAUACAGAUUUAUCAGAGGAGAAUACGGCCCCAACUUACGAUUCGAGUAGGAAGAAUUGAAUUUGGGGCUAUCCAAGUUGCUCUCCCAUGUGUCUGUAAAUAUGUAAAUUAAUACCAAAGUUGAAAAAAAAAGAAACAAAACGCUGGGAAACAACAAAUUGCACAACUUGCGAUUUUGUAUGACUUUGUAAAAUUGCUGAGUGAAAUAAAUUUUUUUUUUAAU